CCUAUUUUCAACAAUGAACAUGGGGCAUAUGUGGAAGACCAUUUUCGCGAUAGCCUUCUUCUUCGGCAAAGGUAUCGCAAACGAGUGCGAACCGUACCGCGUGGACGACGUGGUAAUCGCGUGUGUCUGCAAUUCCACGUAUUGCGAUGGUCCAUCGGACGACGAACCGAAAGUCCCAAAGGAGGGUAGCUCUUUUUGGUACGUGACGAAUAAGAAUGGACUCAGAAUGCACAAGUCAGAGGUGAACUUUGGCAGCUGCGACGGCUCUCCCGCCGAUGCAACCAUCACCGUAGAUAGUAGCAAGCAGUACCAAACGAUUUUAGGUUUCGGUGGUGGUUUUACCGACUCCUUUGGCAUCGAUUUAAGUAAACUCAGUCCAGCCGCUCAGGAACAACUAAUUCGAGCGUACUACGAUCCGAAAAAAGGAAGCGGAUACACGUUGGGCCGUAUACCCUGUGCUAGUACCGAUUUUUCGACCAGAUUUUACACCUACGACGAUGUUGUCAACGACACUUCUCUGAAACACUUUGCACUCGCGGAAGAUGAUUACAAGUAUAAGAUGCCGUACGCAAGGAAAGCUCUCGAGUUGAACAAGGAAACGCUAUUCUUCAGCGCCGCGUGGACUCCUCCGGCAUGGAUGAAAACGAACAAUAAAAUCAGUGGAAAGGGUUACUUGAAAAAAGAACACUACCAAACCUAUGCUAAUUACCUGGUCAAGUUCAUGGACGAAUACAAAAAGCAUGGUAUCGAUAUGUGGGCCAUUUCGACAGGUAACGAGCCGCUAAACGCAUUUGCAUUUAAUUUACCUCUCAUCAGUAUGGGAUGGACGCCUAAAAUGAUGGCUGACUGGAUUGCAAACUACUUGGGUCCGACCCUAUCUUCGUCGGCACACAAUAAAACGAUGGUAUUAGCCUUUGACGACAACAGACAUGUAUUACCCUGGUUCGUCGAACCAACGCUUGAGAAUCGAGCUUCGUCCAAGUACGUUGUUGGCACAGCUGUUCAUUGGUACCAAGAUUUCCUUGCUCCUGCCUAUCUACUGGACCGAACGCACAACGAGUUCCCGGACAAAAUUAUUAUAAUGACCGAAGCAUCCAUAAUAGAUCCAGUAUGGAACACUUCUAAGGUCAAAGAUGAGUCGUGGAGUCGGGGAGAAAAAUAUAUCUUGAGUAUAAUAGAGUACAUGAAUCAUUGGGCGGUUGGAUGGGUAGACUGGAAUUUAGCUCUGGACGUAUCCGGUGGGCCAACCUGGCAGAAAGAUUAUCUCGAUUCUGCCAUCGUUAUAAACGCGGACGAGGAUGUAUUUUAUAAGCAACCUAUGUACUAUGCAAUCCAUCACAUCAGUAGAUUCGUCGGUAGAGGUUCAGCGAGAAUUUCUGUUACCGGUGAUACCUCAGCAGUGGAGUCUACAGCUUUCCUCACGCCAUCGGGGGAAGUGGUUGUUGUACUGUAUAACAAGGACACCGUACCCAAGCACGUGAUUCUGAACGAUUUGCAAAAUGGUCCGCUUUGCUUCGAGUUAUCUCCCCUAUCGAUGAAUACUUUGAAAUAUAAAUAACCAGAUUCCCUUCUCUACUAUACUAAAUCUCAUAAGUAAGCCAAAAUUGUAAAAAAAUUGAAAAUAAAAUAACAAUUC